AUGUCCUCUCUUGCCUUGGUCCUCGCGCUGCUCCUCUCGAGCGGUGGCAUCGGCGGCGCGGCGCGGCAGCUGCAGGAGCUGCCGCCGUUGCCCAAGCCUGAGGUGCCACCAAGGCCGGACCUGCCGCCGCUCCCCAAGCCCGAGGAGCAGCCGCCGUUGCCCAAGCCCGAGCUGCCGGUGCCACCGCAGCCACUCCCUGUCCCGUCGCAGCCCCUGCCGAAGCCCGAGCUCCCCGUCCCCCCGCAGCCCCUCCCCAAGUCGGAGCUCCCCGUCCCACCGCAGCCGUUGCCCAAGCCCGAGCUGCCGGUGCCACCGCAGCCCCUCCCUGUCCCGUCGCAGCCACUGCAGAAGCCCGAGCUCCCCGUCCCCCCGCAGCCCCUCCCCAAGCCGGAGCUCCCCGUCCCACCGCAGCCGUUGCCCAAGCCCGAGCUGCCGGUGCCACCGGUGCCCCUCCCCAAGCCCGAGCUCCCAGUGCCACCGCAGCCCCUGCCCAAGCCUGAGCUCCCAGUGCCACCGGUGCCCCUCCCCAAGCCCGAGCUCCCAGUGCCACCGCAGCCCCUGCCCAAGCCUGAGCUCCCAGUGCCACCGCAGCCCCUUCCCAAGCCGGAGCUGCCACCCCCGGUGCUGGCUGGUGAGCUUCCACCGAAGCCAUGA